AAGCAUCUGAAUUUAAAUCGAUGUUUUUUUAAUGUGUGUCUAUUCUUUUUUUAUUGAAAUGUAAUCGAUUGCAUGCAUUACGUUUCUAUUGUUCCUUGAAUGUGUUUUUGUGUCAUUAAAGCCGCGAAUAUGCCUUUAAAAUAUAUUUGAAUGUGUAGACUGAUCCUUUACGACAAGGCCUUUGCGCGUUCGGUCUCAGCUGCUGUGCUAAUACUGACUGUAGACUGAAACGUCAAUUUGAUGGGGGAAGAAAAUCUAAAACUGACAUUUGAUUUUCUAUUACUUGCAUUGGCUUCCUUCGGGAGUUCGAGCCCAGUUGACUCUUUGUCGUCAGAAGAUCUUGACUUUGAACCAACAGCAGAGAUGCUAGUCCACGAAUAUGACGACGAGAGGACUUUGGAUGAAGAAGAAUCAUUGGAGGGCGAGAAAAACUUCAACUCAGAAAUUGCAGAUCUAGAGAAGGAGAGGAACAUGCCUUUGGAGGAACUGCUGGCCAUUUACCGCUAUGAGGCAUCUGUCAGUACAGCUGCAGGCUCCAGCAUGGACAGCUCCUCUGGGGAGCUGACAGAUGAGCUGCCAGACAUGACAUUGGACAAGGAGGAGAUAGCCAAAGACCUGCUAUCUGGGGACUAUGAGGAAGAGACCCAGUCCUCCGCUGAUGACCUUACCCCUUCAGUCACAUCCCAUGAGGCCACUGACUUCUUCCCCAGAACACUCAGAUCUAACACUAUCUACGACGGUGAUAAGGAAUCGGAGUGUGAGGAGGAUGGGCCCAGCCCAGAAGACUCCAGGAAGGAAAUAAUGGUGGGGUUGCAGCACCAAGCAGAGGUUCCUAUCCACCUCUGUCACUAUGGCAAUGAUGAGAAGGUAUACGAAGAUGAUGACCAGUUGCUAUGGAGCCCGGAUGUGUUGUCUGAGAGCAAGGUCAGGGACUUUCUUUGUGAGGUGUUGUCACAGGUAACCAACGAGAAGGCAGGAAGUGACAUGGCAGGAGCUCAUGUGAGAGACAAUGAGCAGGCUCUGUAUGAGCUUUUGAAAUGCAACUACAAUACGCACAAAGCACUGGACAGGUAUUGCAGUAACGUGAAAUACUCCAAGGAGGAAUCACCGCCGUGGUCUGAAGAUGAAUGCAGAAACUUUGAACAUGCACUACAGAUAUACGAUAAGAACUUUCACCUCAUACAGAAACACAAGGUGAAGACACGGACAGUAGCUGAAUGUGUUGCCUUUUACUACAUGUGGAAGAAGUCGGAGCGUUUUGAUUUCUUUGUUCAGCAGAAUCGCUUUGGCAAAAAGAAAUACAGCAGCUAUCCUGGCGUAACAGACCUGAUGGACCGUCUAGUGGAUGAGGCAGAGGGCCUGGCGGUGGACAGCUACUCCUCGGUGUGCUCGGGCGGAGGGGUGAGGAUGGAGCCCACGGCAGAGCAGCAGCUCAGCCUGCUCAACUCCAUCACUGCCAGCGACCUUACAGCCCUCAGUAACAGUGUAGCCACGGUGUGCAGCCCAGCGGAGGUCGGCUGCCUGGACUCGUACGGUUUUCCACCUCUGGAGAGCCUCCCCCGGGGAUCCCUGUCCCACAGCGAGCCCCUGGGCUUCCCCUCCAACGGAGCAGAACCUGGCUGUCUCAACAUCCUGGAUGCUGGAUUCUACCACUCAGAACUGGGCCCGCUGGGAGGGGUGUGCGGGGGAAAGGACUGCGACCGGCCCACAAAGAGGCUCAAGUUGGCCCUGCCCGACUCCUUCAUCAACGACGUUUCCGUGGGAAACCUCGGGGUGGACUUUGAGGGGCGGCGGAGCACAGCGCACCACCGCAUCACUAGCACCAAGAUGGCGGUGUCCGUCACAGACUUCGGGAGCUUGGCGGGCAGUGCUGAGCCCAAUGGGUUCAUGGGAGCACAUACGCGGAAUCACACUCAGCACAGUACGCCGCUCCAGUCGGAGUGAACCUCAACCCGCCCCCUGAGUCCUAUCUUUAAAACCACCAUCCCAUGUGUACAGACUCACUGGAGAAUUCAAUUUUUGUUGAAUAAUAUUAUAUAUGUAUGUGUGUAUAUAUGUAUGUAUGUAUGUAUGUGUGUGUGUGUGUGUGU